GUCGGAUAAGCUUUGAGAAACAAUCAAUACAUAUUUCGCACAUUAGAUAUUUAUAAAAUAAAAUUGCAACCAUGCAAAUUUUUAGUCUCAUAUUUUCCUUGACAAUAAUGUCCUUCGCAUCAGUCUGCCGCAGCCAGAACGUCAUCCCACCCGAAAUGCAAGCCGAGAUCGACGCCAAGAUUCGGCAAAGCCUUGAAAGUCAACGGUUGGCUGCCGUGUCACUCUCAAUCGUUAAGAAUGACGGCGAAAUCCUGUACGCGAAUGGGUACGGGAUGCGGGACAAAGAAAACGGACUUGAAGCAAAUGCCCACACCCUGUUUGCCAUCGGAUCCGCGUCGAAAUCCGUAACGGCUGUCGUAAUUGCGAAAACAUUACACGAACUGUUUCCAGAUCUUGGAGAAGCCGUGCUGGACACACCGAUCCGGGAGUUAUCGCCAUCCUACAACUUUACUCUGAUUGACCGAUAUAGAUCUGAGAAGACGACGUUUCGCGAUAUCCUGGCGCACAAGUUGUGCCUGAUGCAGGAAAUUUCGGGCAUGGUGGCGCAGUCGUAUGAAGAUAAAGAUGAUGUCUAUUAUAGGUACCGUUAUGCCCCUGAAGAGUGCGGUUUUAGAUCUACCUUCGACUAUAACAAUGGCAUGAUAGGCAUGGCGGCCGAUAUUUUGGGUCAUAUGGCAAAUACCACAUACGAAAGUUUGUUAUCGCAAUUUCUCUCCGACAUGGGAAUGACUAGUACCACAUGGGUCAAAAUGACUGAUGAUCAUAACAACAUGAUGAACCGGGCGGUCCCCUACUUCUUAAUGGAAGGUCAACUUACCCGCUACAAUCCGGAACUACUCAAAUCCAUCGCAUUUAUGCAUGCUGGCGGCGGAUUGUUAACUACUGCGAUUGAUAUCACGAAAUAUAUGCAGCUGCACUUGAACAAGGGCAGACUUGGCGAUAGACAAAUUGUUCCAGAGGAAGUCAUGGCGUGGAUUACAGUCCCAUCCAGUUCCAGUUAUAGCGGUAUCACAAAAACGGAAGAAGAUCCCGACGUUCUCGACAUAAGUGUGGCGUACGGAUUGUGUAUGUAUUUGGGGAUUCAAGAUGGUUGGAGAAGAAUCGGGCACGGGGGCAACCUUCCACCUUUUCAGACACAUCUAUUUAUGUACCCUGACUUGGGGAUUGGCAUCUAUGCAACGAUUAGUGGUGGGGAUAUCAUGGCAGUUGCGGAUGUUCCCACCUUUCUCUUUAAUAUUCUUCAAGGAAUCGAAACACCCCAAAAAUUGGAGAAUAGCACAUCGAAUCAAAAUAGUUUUGAAAGCGGUGUGUCCUAUUUGAAACCUAAAAAAAUUGUGGAAACAAAGGUCACCAACCUUCCCCAAAAUGAGAAAGCAGUCAAUAUUACUCUUGAAGAAGCCGUGGGCGUUUACGGGAACGGUUGGAACGGCGAGAUUAACAUAACUUUGAGAACAAACUCCAACGGAAAUCCACAACUUUACUGGAAAUUUGGACGAAUGGUGGAGGGAUGGCUGAUUAAAGUAGCCCCGGCAACAUUUUCCCUAUCAAAAUGGGAAACGGACGUUUGGAUGAUUUACUUUUCGGGUGGCUUAGGAUAUGGGAGCGUGCAGUUUAAAUUUUUGGAUAUCGAUACCUUUCAGUAUAUCGAAUUCGGCCAGCAUUUUACCACUGAUUUUAAGAGGGGCUUCAAGCUGGAAGAUUUGUCUCCUAUUCCGUGGGCUCCAGGGACAUGUGCAUAGUUUUUAGCUAGCUACAAUAUUUGAGACUCUGUA